AUGUCAAGAGCAACAAGUUUUAGAUUGGAGGAAGAAUUCAAUCUCAUGUCAACAAAAAGAUUUGAUAGAAUUCGACAUUCUUCUUACACAUCUAGAGAUUUUGAAGUAAAAAAGAAUUUUGAAGUUCUCUACAAAGUUGAGUCCUUGAGGACGUUGCUGAGAAUAUUCUUGCCAUUGAGGUACAAAGAUAGAACUUACAUUUCUAAGACGGUUUUUUUGGAUUUAUUGCCAAAGCUCAAGAAACUUAGAGCACUAUCUUUAACAAAGUACCAUGUGAUUGAACUACCCAAAUCACUUGGAGACCUUAGACAGCUAAGGUAUAUUAACCUUUCUGAAACGCAGAUAAAAUGUUUACCUGAGUCAACAAGUUUACUGUUCAAUUUACAAAGUUUGAUAUUAAGAAAUUGUAUUUGUCUGGAGAAGUUGCCAUCACACGUGGGAAAUCUGAUUAACUUAUGCCAUUUUGAUAUUAGAGGGUCAAUAUUAAUAAGAGAGAUGCCAUUGGGAGUGAAAAAAUUGAAAUGUUUGAAGACCCUCUCAAAUUUUAUUGUCGGUAAGGGUAUUGGAUCUAGCUUGAACGAUUUGAAAAGUUUAAAGUUUCUUUGCGGAGAGCUCUGCCUUUCAAGCUUAGAAAAUGCAGUGGAUUGUCAAGACACAGCAGAGAUGAUAUUGUGCGAUAUGGACACUGAAGUGUUGGUACUAGAAUGGAGUUCUUCUAAUCCCUCGGAAGAUGAAGCAGUGAAAACUGUUCUUGACGUUUUACAACCUCAUAAAAAUCUAAAAGUGCUGACAAUAAAAAACUAUGGCGGCCAAGAACUUUCAUCUUGGAUAGGAGAUCCAUCAUUCUCCAACAUGGUGGUUUUGAAAUUGGAUGGAUGUGAAAACUGCACCACCUUGCCUUCCCUAGCAUUGCUGGGCUCACUUCAGAACCUCACAAUCAGAUUGAUGGGGAAAAUAAAAAAGAUAGGUGGUGAGGUCUAUGGAGAAGGUUGCUCUAAGUCUUUUCAGUCGUUGCGGAUUCUUUGUUUUGAGAAGUUACAAGAGUGGGAGCAUUGGGACCCUGUAGAAAAUGACAAUGUCCAAAGAUUCCCUCGUCUCCAAAAGCUUUCAAUUUCUCAAUGUCCUAAACUCUCUGGAAGAUUACCUAAUCAUCUCCCGUUGUUGGAUAAUCUUGUGAUAAAUGGGUGUGAGCAGUUAGUGGUUUCAUUUUCAAGCCUUCCAAUUCUAAGAUCAUUAGAAAUAAAUAGAUGCAAAGGAAUGGUUUGUUGUAGCCCAGUUGAUUCAAGGGCACUAAACUCCAUGAGUACAGGUGGAGAAUCAAACUUUCCAGUGUUUAGAAGCUGGUCAAGUGAGGGAUUUCAGAAACUAGAACAUCUGACAGUUGUUGGCUGUCAAGAGCUCGUACAUUUAUGGCCAAAUAAGAUUUUUCCAGAGAAUGCACCACAAGAGUUGAGUUGCUUCACCUCCCUCCAACAGCUGCAUUUGAAAGAGCUCCGGAAUCUUUCCUCGUUUCCAGAUGGGUUACUUUCAAACUUGAGCAGAGUUACUAUCAGCCAAUGUGACGGCCUGACAUCCUUGAACGAGGGUUUGAGGCACAGCAAUACACGUCUCAAGUACUUAAAGAGAACAUAUUUGUACUUCUCCAUCUUCUUCUUAUUCAUUGGUACAGAGCGACGACGUGGACAAUCCUAG